AAACACGCGCCACACUGCUGGAAUUUCUACUAAAUUGACGUCGUUUCUAGGUAACAAAUAAACAGUAAUUCCAUUAGGACAGAAAGACAUAGUACAUUCCUUAGUUUUCCCGAAUUAGACAGCUAAAAUAAAGACAAGAAAAAUUUAACAAGUAACAUGAAUCAAGGGAGAGGAACCAAUUCAAGUAACGACAAGGAGAUGCUUACUAUGGCAGAAGAAGAGCUGGCUAGGCUACACAGACAGCUUCGUAUUAUGGACGAAGACCGCAUAGCUUUCUUGGAAGAAACCGGCACAAAGCUGAAAAAGCAAAGAAAAAUCAUGCAGACACUGAAAAAGGAAAGAGAAAAAAUUUCGGAAGAGAUCACCGUAGCUACAUGUCUAAACCAGAAAAAGAACGACGAAAAAUUGGUCAGCAGGAUGAGAAAACUGGUAGAAGAUUAUGAGAAGUACGACAGUAUGGUAAAAAGAGAGAAGGAGCAGCUGAAAGAGUUGGAGGUUCAAAUUAAAAAGAUGGACACUGAUAUUCAAAACCUACGGCCCAAAGCAAUUAUAACUGACUACGACUAUGAGAAUCGAUUGAGAAGUGGGAAUCACUCGAUAAAGAUAUUAAAAGACAGAUUGGAAAAUGCUGUGAAAAAGUUCUGCGCCAUACUCACUGAAAAUAAGAAAAUGAGAGAAGAAAUUGAUCACUUACUUAAAGAAAGGACCCGUUACAACAUAAUCUGGGAGUCUCUGUUAAAGGACAUGCAGUCGAGAAAGAAAUAUAUGAUAGAGUUGAUAGAGCAAGCAACAGUGGCCUUUGACCAAAGGGAGGAAUGGUGUUCCAAGCUAGCUGCGCUAAAAAAGAGAGCCCAAAGUGACUAUUUGGCUCACACAGAAGAAAUGCGGGAAAUUCAAAGAAAACUCGACCAUGAUUUUACGUUGCGGGAGUUUUUGAGCACCAAGGGCCAGAAAAGGAUUCUAAAAGAUUUGGAAGAGAAGGAAAGGAAAAAGAAGGAGAUACAGAUUCAAAACUUGGAGAAUCGACUAAUAAUGUUAGAGGAUACCAUGAAACAAAUACAGAAAUUUUGUGACGAAAAAGACGUUCAUAAAAUGGCUUCUCAGUACCUAAAGCAAGAAGAGGAAAAUUUUGCAUUAUUUAACUACGUAAAUGAACUUAACCAUGAGAUAGAAAUGUUGGAAGAAUCAUUGGAGGAAAUUCAAACGAAAAUAGAUGAACAAAUUGAAAUCAGUCAACUAAAAGAAAAAGAACGACAACAUAAUUUGGAAUAUUUGAGAGCACAGUUGGAGACUGUAACUCAAGAGACGCUAACAAAUGAAGAAAACGUCAAAAAUUCAGAAAAUAAGGUAAAAGCUAUACUGGAAGGCAUCGAAGACAUUUUUGAUUUGUUGUUGUGUGAUAGGGGCCCCAUUUUAGGAUUACUCGGUUCUGAUUCUUCAAUGAAUCUUUUUAACGUGAAGAUAUAUUUGGGUACAAUCGAAAAGAAGAUAACAGGCCUUAUUACCAGACUGUAUUUUGCCGAAAAAGCUAUGAUGACCCAAUUCAAGAAAUUCCAUCGAGGAAAUUUUGUUCCAAUUAUAAAUUAAUUUUUUUACGUGCUGAUGCUGAAAUUACGUGUAAGGUAAUGGCACCAGUACCUGACAUUCUUAGAUUA